GCUCCCCCUCCCUGUUCUCGUGCGCUGUCUCCGAGCUGAAGACGCCCUUAGCAACAACGCGCAGCCCCGUCGAAUAAGAUACUCUCUCCAGUCCAGCCGUGGAGCAUUCGUCCUCUUCCUCCAGCGGAAGCCAUACGCGGAAAAACACUCGAGCAGACAUGAAACUUUUCUCCAGCUAGCCUCGUUUUGUGGCUGGCCGCUCCUGAAGACAAACGAGGCAGCCCCCGAGCUGUCCCGGUGGAGAACAAAUCCGGUGGGAUCGAGUCGACGAGUGGGAUCGCUCCUGGUGUCUACAAAGCCAGCGAACUGGGACGGGAAUGGUGCUCUGGGUCGACUCAUUGUUCUGUCAGAGAGAGGCGAGGGGCACGCGGCUCAGACCGUCAAACUGUGACAUUUGGACUAAUUUCAGCUGGGGGAGCGACUCCGGUCCGCACGAGCGUUUUUUUUUUUUGCGAGCUAGCUGGCUAGCUGUUUGAGGAAAACGACCCCCACCGCCCGUUGAGGAUCCUCGGAGUGAUUCUGCUCCCACCAAACAAAGAUGAAAUUCUCUCAAACCAACAAGUGAUUUAGUUAACCCGCAUAGAACGAGGAGAAGGUUUUUCAAAGUAAAAGGCUUUGGACACAUCCUUUUAAAUAAAGUUUUUAAAUGUUUUGCUUAGUUGGUAGGGCGACCACCGUUUGAACUUUUUGCUACUUUUUCUAUUUUGGAUUUUGUUCUCCCCAACUUCGGAUGCUGGCAUCACUUACCAUCUGCAGUCAUGAUGAUAAUAAGCAGAAAACCAGAGGGCCCAAUGUCAACAGCACGCCAUGGCGACGGCCUGUAUGACUCCUACAUGAGGACAGACCACAUCCUCAAAGACGACGCAGACACACACAGUCCGACUGGGAUGCCCACGAUGCCCAAACACACGGUUGUGGGGAACAGGACUUUAAUUCGGGAUCAGGUGUCUGUGAGAGGCGGUCAGCUGAAGGUCAAGUAUCUGUAUGAAGACUCCUCAAAUAACCGAAAGAUCAACGCCAUAACCACGGCGAGCACUCAGAUCACCGGGAGCGCGUGCCAGACUCCCACCAAGUCCGCCCCGGUCUCUGGGUUAUCCAAGGAGCUCAGCACGGACAGCACGGACUCCAGUAAGGGUUCCAGCGACUCUUCUGGUCCCCAAAAAGCUGUGAACGGAGGGAACAGCAGCAGCAGCAAGAUGUGCGGCCCGCUCACCCCUGACCAGGCUCUGAGGCUGUACAGGUCUCAGCUCAGCCCCAUGGAGCUGUCCGAGAUCCACUCCUACCCAGACGUCUACUUUGUGGGACCCAACGCCAAGAAGAGGCCGGCUGUUGCUGGAGGGAGCAACAACAGUGGGUAUGACGAUGAGCAGGGCGGAUACAUCCAUGUUCCCCACGACCACCUUGCUUACCGCUACGAGUUCCUAAAGAUCAUCGGUAAGGGGAGCUUUGGCCAGGUGGCUAAAGUCUACGACCACAAGCUUCAGCAGCACCUGGCGCUCAAGAUGGUUCGCAACGAGAAGCGUUUCCACCGACAGGCGCAGGAGGAAAUCCGCAUCCUGGAGCAUCUGCGCAAGCAGGACCGCAACGGCACGAUGAAUGUUGUUCACAUGCUGGAGAACUUCACCUUCCGGAACCACAUCUGUAUGACUUUCGAACUGCUCAGCAUGAACUUGUACGAGCUCAUCAAGCGCAAUAAGUUCCAGGGCUUCAGCCUGCCGCUGGUCAGGAAGUUUGCACACUCCAUCCUGCAGUGCCUGGAGGCCCUGAGCCGCCACCGAAUCAUCCACUGUGACCUGAAGCCCGAGAACAUCCUUCUGAAGCAGCAGGGCCGCAGCGGCAUUAAGGUGAUCGACUUUGGCUCCAGCUGCUUCGAGCACCAGCGGGUCUACACCUACAUCCAGUCUCGUUUCUACCGCGCCCCGGAGGUCAUCCUGGGUUCGCGGUACGGCCUUCCCAUCGACAUGUGGAGCUUCGGCUGCAUCCUGGCGGAGCUGCUGACCGGGUACCCGCUGUUUCCCGGUGAGGACGAGGGGGACCAGCUGGCCUGCGUCAUGGAGCUGUUGGGCAUGCCCCCGGCGAAGGUCCUGGAGCAGGCCAAGAGAGCCAAGAACUUCAUCAACUCCAAGGGUCACCCCCGCUACUGUGGGGUCAACACGCUGCCAACCGGAGCCACCGUUCUGACGGGAACUCGCUCACGCCGGGGCAAAAUGAGAGGCCCCCCGGCCAGCAAGGACUGGAACGUGGCGCUGAAGGGCUGCGAGGACCCCACCUUUACUGACUUCAUAAAGAAGUGUUUGGACUGGGACCCCUUAUCUCGCCUCACCCCCAGCCAGGCUCUCAGGCACCCCUGGCUGUACCGCCGACUCCCCAAACCCGUAGCCGUGACUGAGAAAAACCAGGGGGCCACUGUGAAACGACUCCCCGACCACCACAGCACCUCCUUCCCCUCCAUCCUGGCCAAGGGGGGGCCCGGCCUGGGCUCCACACCAGCCAGCAACAAACUGAGGAGCAACAUGUUGGGAGACUCAGGGGAGGCCAUACCUCUGCGCACGGUCCUACCCAAACUGGUUUCAUAGUGAAGAGAGAGUCCUUGGUUCUUCUCUGCUCGCUCCCCUCUGCGCUCCUCAGGAGGAGCCAGAGCGCCGGAGAGAGCAGCUUUUAAACCUGUUUGCUUGGUCUUUUAUUUGUUUUCUACUGCGAGGUGUCGACACCCCCAGUUCCUGGUUUUAACGUUAGCAAAGCAAAAGCCAGACGAUCAGAAAAGAAGAAUAAAGUUUUGUACUGAAGACUUCCUGGACGCUGUGGAGCUUCUGUGAGGUUUCCAGGAUUCGCCGUUCCGAACCAGCGAGCGGACGGCUUUGAACUUGUGCUCGGUGUUACACCGGUGUCGUGUUUUAGCAAACACGCUUAAGCACACUUGCACGAUCACUCGCCUCUUUUUCUCACACUUCCAGCACGCCUCCACGCUCACAUGUGAAGCUUGAAAAAGGGCUACAGAAAUCAGGUUCCUUUAAAGUUUAGCUAAAGUGUUUCAACAAUUCCCUCCGGCACAAACGAUCCAGGAUUGGCUUUUUUUUUUUUUCUUGCAGUGAACAAUUAGUUUUUAUCGGAAUCUCUCCGGACGCCUGGUGCUCAGUGUGACGUUAUUGUGCUUUUGUGUAGCGACGGGACAGCCACAGCACACCUGGUCCUCUCCUCCAGCUGGAGGAACAUCCUCAGAGCUGGAGGAGAGGAGCGCCACCUUUCACCGCCGAGACGCUGCUGUCACUUAAACGGAUUCAUGUAAGGAGAGAGAGAUUGUUGAGAAGGUUGUUUGAAAGUUUUACAAGCUCCGCCCCUCAGUGGGCUGCGACUAUCGCCGGUGCUCAUCCAGAUAGAAGAAUAGGUGAGGAACAUCUCGAAGAGCCGUUAAAAAUGAGCCAGAAUCGUUUUUUUUUUUAGUUUUGUCUCUGGAGGAAUGUGAAGAGGACGGGGUUUUAUGGUACUAGAGAAUGAAGUGUUUCUCAGGGAAGCAUACUUGAUACAUCCCUUAAACUUCCACUCACUGUGCUGCAUGUCCGCUCUGCUGCGUUUCUGUCCGUCCAGAGCGAGCGAUUGCGUUUAUCAUUUCUCUGCAGAGGGGGGAGAUUGCAUGUGCCACACGGUCUGACCUAGAUUCACUCCUCCUCCUCCCCUCAACCAUCCCUGCUCUGGAGCAGAGAUGACACACAAAAGUGGUGCUGCCCCCCCACACAUACACACACGCACGUGCACAGAAAUGCAGGUGCACAUUGAUACGGACCACAGAGUUCUGCCUCGUGUUCCUUCACUUUGAAUCAGGGAUUUCUACUUCUCUCCAUUUCUUACGUAGGACUGCUUUCUAACGCUGUUCACAGGAACAUCCAGAUGAUGUCAAAACGCAAUAACGGAGGAGGAAGUCAUCAUGUGUCAGAGGCGGGAGUUCAUAGGAGGGAGAUUGGCGUUCAGCAUGAGAUCACGACUGUUAUCACACUUGAGACAUGAUGAGAAGAGAGAUUGUACAGUAACCAAAUGAAGUUGUAAUAGUUUCUUUUUCUAAAGAAAAAUAAAAAUUACUUUUAAGUGAAA